AAAAAUACAAAAACAAACCUAGGUACAAAGUGAAUAAAUACAUUUUAUCAAAAUAUCUUGUUUUUUUUUAUCAAAAUAAAAUGUUAAAAGCUAUUAUUCUAAUCGGUGGACCACAAAAAGGAACUAGAUUUCGGCCCUUAUCUCUUGACACCCCAAAACCUUUAUUUCCCGUUGCCGGUCGCCCAAUAAUACAACAUCACAUCGAAGCAUGUUUAAUGGUAAAGGAUCUGAAAGAGAUCCUAAUAAUUGGCUACUAUGCCAGUGUCCUGAUGGAUCAAUUUGUCGAAGAAAUGCACAAUUUAUACAACAUCAAUAUAAGAUAUUUACAAGAAUUUACAGCUCUAGGAACAGCAGGUGGAAUGUAUCAUUUUCGUGAUCAAAUAAGAUCUGGCAACCCUAAAGCAUUUUUCAUUUUAAAUGGAGAUGUUUGUGCAGACUUUCCACUGCAAAAUCUCUAUGAAUUCCAUACAAGUCGUCCAAAUGAUGCUCUGAUAACGAUAAUGAGCACUGAAGCUACACGACAACAAUCACUACACUAUGGCUGUUUAGUUAUGGAUAGUGACACGGGGUCGGUGACUCAUUACGUUGAGAAACCAAGUUCAUAUGUGUCGACAUUUAUCAAUUGUGGCGUCUAUGUGUGUUCUACUGAUGUUUUUGCCAAGUUGGCGGAAAUAUUCUAUGCGAAAGGGGAGGCGGGUUAUGAUCGUUGGUAUGCGACAAGUUCGAAUGGGAAUGGCAAUGGGAAGGAUCAAGGUCAUAUUAAAUGGGAACAAGAGGUGCUAACACCUUUGGCGGGGACAAGUAAACUGUUUGCAAUGCCAGUUCCUAAUUGGUGGUCACAAUUGAAGACGGCCGGGUCAGCAAUAUAUGCCAAUAGGCAUUAUUUAGCACUUUAUAAGAAAACUCAUCCAGAACGACUAUGUAAUGCGGGGUCGAAAAAUCAAAAUGCUGAUGGCAGUUUGAUUUGCAAUAUCAAACCUGAUGUUUAUAUACAUCCGACGGCAACUGUUCAUUCCACAGCUACUCUUGGUCCUAAUGUAUCUAUUGGUCCAGGAGUUACAAUCGGACCUGGUGUUCGAAUUCGUGAGUCAAUUAUUCUUGAUAAUGCUGUGAUUAAAGACCACACACUUGUCCUUCAUAGCAUAAUUGGUCGCGGCUCAACAGUUGGCAAUUGGGCACGUGUAGAAGGUACUCCCAGUGAUCCAGAUCCAAAUAAACCAUUUGCAAAAAUGGAAAAUCCUCCAUUAUUUAAUAAGGAUGGCAAAUUAAAUCCAUCAAUAACAGUAUUAGGGAGUUGUGUACAUGUGCCAUCUGAAAAGAUUCUUUUAAAUUGCAUUGUCUUGCCGGACAAAGAAUUAAGCAGAAAUUUUAAAAAUGAAAUCAUUUUGUGAGAAAAGCAUACAAAAAAAAACAAACAUUAUUUACCUCGGGUAUUUGUUCAUUUUUUUACACUGUUUUCCAAUUUUUAUAUUAUUUGAUAUAUUUUGAUAAUUCCAAUUUAUAAUAAUAAUGUUAAUUCAUAUAUGCUUUUGAAAAGUUCUAAAAGGGAAAUAC